UUGUUUUUUAAGAGUGAGACAGUUUUUCUCAAGCCUGAAUUGUUUUUACAAGGAACAUUUUUGUCUAAAUGUACUUUUAGCCUGGAAUUGGUCACUGCUAAUUAUGUCUGACAUAAUUAAUUGAGCUUUUUUUCUACAGAUACCGAACAUAAAUUGCAGCAAAUAUUCUUGUAGAGGACAGCCAUUUUAGUUUGCAGGCGCAACGUACAUCUCAGUGGCACGCUAAGUAGUUCCGGUGCAACUUAAAUAACCUCGAACGUCUGGACGCGGUGGCGGAAAUGUUUGUCCACGUGCUUGUGUUUUUCUGACUUUAAAGAAAAAGCAGUUCUUCCGCGUUUAAUGCAUUUUGGUCUCCAUCGUGUGUGCCAGGCUGUGUUUGUGUAUCAGCAUGGUCACUCGGCUCAGGCUGGUGUCUCUGGCGUCUCCUCCAGCACUGAGUUGUCUCCAUGCCAGUCGCAGUGCCAGGACCUGGACGGGUUCUGUUACUCCCAGUCAAUCCCUCUCAGGAAACAGAAGGACGGAGCAGCGUGAUAUUUCAGAAGAUGACCUUGACAUGGAUGAAGUGGAAUCCAAACUGGAGGCUCUCGUGAAAGAGGAGAGGAAAAAGGAGAAAUCUGCCAAAUUCCACAUGAUCAGGCGGAAGCUAAGCAGCUCUGGAGCCCCAGAAAGAAGAUUAAAUUGGGAUGCCAUUCAGCAGAUCAGGUACCUAAAGCAGGAGUCACCGCAGGAAUGGACAUUGCAGAGAUUAGCAGAGGGGUUUUCUGUUAGCACCGACGUCAUCUCCAAAGUCCUUCGCAGCAAGUUUACCCCACCUCCUGUGAGAAGGCUUAAACAGGAUGCCAAAGUGUUGACCGCAGUCAGACAGCUUUCCCUGAAAGACGGUAAAACGAGCCAAUCGCACCCAGCUUUACCCAACAACACCGUGCCAGCUUUGCCUUCCUCUGGGAACACGAGCACAGUCGUUGCAUUGACCAGCACAGCUCUGAUUCCUGCUGUGGUUGCAUCAGGACUGGUUCCAACUGCUGCUAACGUUCCAUCCUCUUCAGUAAGGACAGCUCAGAUAUCAGCGGUGGCUCAGGGGACAGUGCAGGAGCAGCCUGCUGCGCGGCAAGAGACUGAAGAUGUUAAAGAGAAAGGUGUAGAACAGGAGGAGGAAGAGGAGUGGGAUGGAGUGGUUUUCACAGAUGAAGGACUGGAAGAACUUAUCCACACUCUGCAGGAAAAGCCCAGUGCAGUCGAACAAAAAGGAAGGGAGUUUUAUGACAGCGACGGCAACUUUUUGUACAGGAUCUAAAUAAUUAUUUUUUGAAUGAACGAUUAAAUGCACUGUCAGGGAAAUGUUUAGUCUUAUAUGUAUGGAAUAAUUAAUGCUAUAUGUGUACUUGUAUAUAAAAUGCAAAUGUUGCAGGAAUAUAAAUUAGACAAAAAGG